AGUGUCAAUAUACUUUUAUCAAAAUUUUAAAAAUUAAUAUUCAAAUACGUUUUAUAAGCUAAUACCGUGUAUCAUCUAACGUCUGUGUGACUUUCGAAUCUCUUUUCCGAGAUAAUGUUUCCACAAUUGGGAACGAACGAAUUAAGAAAUAAUUUUUUCCGGCGGCAACUUCUUUGUGAGUUUCUUGGCACUUUUUUCCUAAUGUUGGUGCGAAAGACCGUCUCCACAGUGGAAGCUACACGAUGGGCGGUGACUAAGGUGGCCUUCGCGCAAGGCCUCACCUUGGCAGCACUAACCAAACUAUUCAGUCGUAUAAGUGGCGCUCACAUUAACCCAGCUGUUUCAUUGUCGUUUUUCGUGGUGGGUGAGAUGGGCACAUUACGAUUUAUUUUUUAUAUUAUGAUGCAGUUUUUGGGAGCCGUUUUUGCCGUUAUCGCCUAUAGAUCAUAUGCAUUUGCCAAUGCAAACGCCGAUGCUGAGGUCAAGUCUCUAGAAAGUUGGCAAAAAAUAUUGCUCGAAGUGAUCCUAACAAUUAUGUUUAUCAUGUUGAUUCGGGCCAUGGCUGAUAAUCAGUAUCGUACUCAACGUAGUUCCAUGUCUAUGGCCAUAGGCCUGGCAUAUACGGCGUGCCUUUUGAGCGGUAGUGGCAUAUCGGAGGUUGCAUUAAAUCCAUUUCUACAUUUCAGCUCUGACGGAAAUAUAUUCGAUGCCGAUUGGAUGCCAGCUAUCGGUUCAACUCUAGGUGGAGUUUUUGGCGCUUGGAUCUACGAACUUUUGUAUAUGCCACAUAAAAGUGAUAUUCAACGUUCGUCGAGCAUUUUCGAUUGGCUACGUAAAUAACCGUCAAUUUAAUUUUACUAUUUAUAUUAAGUGAAUUUUUCUAUGAAAUA